AUGGCGCCGCCUCCGUCCAACGAGGACAAGAUCGCAGAGGCGAAGAAGUUGUCAAAGGAAAGUCCCAAGAAGGCGGAAUCACUAUACAAGGAAGUUCUGUCAACACCACCCACCGCCAACGAGGCCUCAUUACGGGACUUCGAGACUGCUCUCGGCGGGCUUGGGGAGUUAUAUCGGGAUCAGAAGCGGCCGGAUGACCUCGCAGAUCUGGUCAAGCAAAGCCGGGGAGCGCUCUCAUCGUAUGCCAAAGCAAAGACAGCCAAACUAGUCCGGCAACUACUUGACUAUUUCAACGGCAUCCCAAACUCCCUCGAGACACAGAUCACCACCACCAAAUCAUGUAUAGAAUGGGCCAACGAGCAAAAGCGUAGCUUCCUACGACAAAACCUUGAGACCCGCCUGGUAUCGCUCUACAUGGAGAAGCAGUCAUACUACGAUGCCCUGGCACUGAUCAACACACUCCUCCGUGAGCUGAAGAGAAUGGAUGAUAAGCUGGUUUUGGUUGAGGUCCAAUUGCUCGAAUCAAGAGUCUACCACGCCCUCACAAACCAACCCAAAGCAAGAGCUGCCCUCACGUCCGCAAGAACGUCCGCCGCAUCAGUCUACACCCCUCCGCUACUACAAGCCGGCCUGGAUCUACAGAGUGGAAUGCUUCAUGCUGAAGACAAGGAUUUCAACACGGCUUUCUCCUACUUCAUCGAAGCUCUGGAAGGCUACCACUCGCAGGAUGACAUACCGAAGGCUACCUCAGCACUCAUGUACAUGCUUCUUUGCAAGAUCAUGCUCAACCUAGUGGACGACGUGAAUCAGCUGCUUGCAUCGAAGCAGGCACAGAAAUAUGCUGGGACAAACCUGGAAGCAAUGAAGGCCGUUGCACGAGCACACUCCAACAGAUCACUGGAUGAGUACGAGCAAGCACUCUCGAACUACAGAUACGAGCUCGGCAGCGAUGUCUUCAUUCGAAAUCACCUUCGCCGACUCUAUGACGCUAUGCUGGAAGCCAACUUGGUCAAAGUCAUCGAGCCAUUCUCCAGAGUCGAAAUUGCUCACAUCGCGAAAAUGGUUGGUCUCGAUACACAACAGGUGGAGCGAAAGUUGUCACAGAUGAUCCUCGACAAGGUCAUUAUUGGCGUGCUGGAUCAGGGAACGGGAUGUUUGAUCGUCUAUGAUGAAGUAGAGCGGGAUGCUGGCUACGACGCCGCAUUGGAGACGAUAGAGAAGCUGUCAAACGUGGUCGAUGUGCUGUUCACAGGAAAGGCGGCGUCAUUAGAAUAG